AAACUUGUUAGAAUCUUAGUUUGUUUUGUCAUUAAUCACUAAAACCCUCAAUUAGGGUUGAUUGUACUUACACAUCUAUUAGCAACUUUAAACAUAUUAAUCGCGUGCUGUUAACGUGGCGUCCUGAAUUAGUUUAUCUCACUGCAGCGGUCCAAGAUCAGGUAUACUUUACAAAAUUUUCUUUGACUUCCACACGAACAGUCGGCAGCCCUCACCAACCAACGAUUCUCCAUUAUCAUGGAUAAACGCCCCAAUUCGUUUGUUUUUUCCCUCGUCUUCGUUAUCAAUUAACAGUAGCCCCGAUUUUCUUCUGUGUGCUAGGACUACGAACUUCGUCUUCAACAAUGUGGAAUAACCACGCAAUUCACGUUAUUCGCAUCGCCGGAUUAGGUCCUGCACUCAUCGUACGAUUUUCCUUCCUAAAUCCCAUCACCGUCGCUGUAUGCCGACGGGCGCGGAACGCUGGAAAAUUCUUGUGCAGGUACAAACGUCGAGUCGGAGGAGUCCCCGUCUAUCCUUCUCCACGCUGUACCGCGCGGCCACGCUUCCUGUUGCUCAACCGGUCUUCACGCUCCGUUCCCUGUUGCUCAACCGGACUUUGAUUGGACCGCACGCUCUUGUCCGAUGAGCACGGGAAUGGCUCUUUGCCCCGAAGGGCGAAUGAAAGCUACGGGGAUCUCGACGCAGCGGGCCACUGUGGCCACACCGUACGCCUUCCAUCUUGAAAUUGGCAAGACCAGAACCGUGCCACAUUUUUCUUACCGGCUUGAACCGGCAGUCAGAUUGAAUCAAAUGAUACCGUACGACAGAUGGCCCUUCGAUUUGUAAUAAAUCGAUGCUCGGAGACGUGUAGGUCUCGAUGUAUUGGUGACGUUCGCUUAGCUUCGUGCAAAGUAUACGGCGCACGUGUCUCAUUUGUUGACCAAACUCUGUCAUGCACACCCAUACUCCUGUUGCAAAUAAAAUACUCCUAAAUUCCUAAUGUUGUUUUGGCUUUUCUAUAUAUAUUAUUGUGCCAUGAUUUUAGCUGUUAUUUGAUUUGCUAACAGACUCGGUGACCUCAUAUUUGGCUUGCCAAAAUUAUGAUAUUUUUUUGUUUAACUUUCGCUUGAUUAAUUAUUGGACAUGGCAAAUUUUGGUCGCUAACGAGUAACGAGCAGGCCCCACGUGCGGCUCGUGCAGUCGCGUCGCGGUUUCGUGUCAUCUGGCCUCUCCGAGAUCCGAGUCCCCUCAAAUCGUGCCCCUCCACAUGUGCUGCGUACCGGUAGAAUUCUGGCCCACCAGCCCAGCCCCCCCUGCACCAAGUACACCAGGCCCACGAUAAGUCCGAAGCCGGUUCCCGACGAGUCGCCUGUCCGGGCUCAUAGGCUCGGCGCAGCCAGCGCGUGCGCGCCCUCGCAAGCGACGAAUAACUCCCACUCCCACGCUUUCCUCGCCCGCCUCGCCGCCCUCUUUUAAUCGCAGAGAGGACGACGCACGCGGGGGCCGGGGCUGGGGCUAGACGGCUAGUGCGUUUGCCCGCUUGGCAACUACCAAACCAACUCGGCCGUCAGUCUGCUCCUAGUCCUCGCGCGCCGCCGCCGCGCCGCGGGAGAGCACCACGUACGUACGGGUCAAAGCGCGGUUGCCCCAAGCUCACAGUCUGCUAGGGUUCCAGAAUGGCGGCGGCGGCGAACGGCGGAGACGGGGAGGAGCUCCUCCUGCUCUCGGCCGUGGAGGCUGGCCGCGGCGGCGGCGUACCCACCGAGGUGGAGGAUUCGUGGCGGCUCAACUUCGAGGGGUUCCGCCCGCCGGAGGCGCACCAGGAGAGGCCGCCGAACGGUCCGCUUCACCACUGCCUCGGCGUGCUAGCUCAAGGUCCUGAGGAUGUUGUUGCUGAAUACUAUCAACAGCAAGUGGAGAUGCUUGAGGGUUUUAGUGAGAUGGACACACUUACAGAUCGUGGUUUCCUUCCUGGAAUGUCCAAGGAAGAACGAGAAAAGGUUGCCAGGAGUGAAACAUUAGCCAUACGGUUGUCUAACUUUGCAAAUAUGGUUCUCUUUGCUGCAAAAGUGUAUGCUUCAGUAAGGAGUGGCUCACUUGCUAUCAUCGCAUCAACUUUGGAUUCUCUUCUAGACUUGUUGUCAGGAUUUAUCUUGUGGUUUACUGCCUUUUCAAUGCAAACACCAAAUCCAUACAGAUACCCAAUUGGGAAAAAGCGGAUGCAGCCACUGGGAAUACUUGUUUUUGCUUCUGUUAUGGCAACCCUUGGCCUUCAGAUAAUUCUAGAAUCAGUACGUUCAUUGGUGUCUGAUGGAGAUGAAUUCAGCUUAACAAGUGAUCAAGAAAAGUGGCUUGUGGACAUCAUGCUCUCCGUGACAUUGGUAAAACUUGCCCUGGUUAUAUAUUGCCGCUCCUUCACCAACGAAAUUGUCAAAGCAUAUGCACAAGAUCACUUUUUCGAUGUCAUCACAAAUGUAAUUGGCCUGGUUGCUGCACUACUUGCCAAUUACAUUGAGGGCUGGAUCGAUCCGCUUGGUGCAAUCGUUCUGGCGAUCUACACGAUCAGGACAUGGUCGAUGACGGUGCUGGAGAACGUGCACUCCCUGGUGGGGCAGUCGGCCUCGCCGGAGUACCUCCAGAAACUGACUUACCUGUGCUGGAACCACCACAAGGCCGUGCGGCACAUCGACACAGUCCGCGCCUACACGUUCGGUUCCCACUACUUCGUGGAGGUGGACAUCGUGCUGCCGUCGAACAUGCCCCUGCGGGAGGCUCACGACAUCGGCGAGGCCCUGCAGGAGAAGCUGGAGCGCCUGCCAGAGAUCGAGCGCGCGUUUGUCCACCUCGACUACGAAUUCACCCACCGCCCCGAGCACGCCUUGUCCCACGAGAAAUAGCAUGCUAGGACCGAACUGAUGCAGCAGGCGGAAGGACACGGCUUCGUAAUCGUAACUGAAACAAUUUUACUUGUAGCCGCAGAAAGCUUCUUCUGAGACCUGAUGCUCAUCUCGUCAGUCGUCGCAGCAAACCAGUUGGGUACAUGCGAUGAGACUGAACGUAAAGGAGUGCUUGCUCUCUGCGAUGGUGUCCUUGUAGCAUCAUGGACUACAGAAUCUGAUUCCUCCUCCACCACCACCACGACGACGACCUAUUUUAUACUGGUCUUCAGCUCAUUAGUCUAGGUUUGUUUCGUUAUCUUUUUGCAUGGAGAGACCGAUGAUUGAGGUAUGUAUUUCUGUAAGAUAAAUUCAUAUCUUGCUUCAAAAAGUCAAAACUUUUUAAAAUUUGCCAGUACGUCGAAAAUAGUUUUGAUAUUUAUGUCUUUGAAUUGUUCUUUUA